AUGAUACUUCGUACCCUUGCCCCGCGUAUGGUGCAGUUGCCGCUGCGUCGCAAUUUUCAGACAGCGGCUGCCACUGCUUCCCGUCGCGCUCCCGAGUUCGCAUUCGCUUUUGACAUCGAUGGUGUUUUGGUUCGAAGUUCGGACGCGCUGCCACGCGCCCACCAAACACUCUCGUAUCUCCAGGCACAACGGAUUCCUUUCAUCCUGCUCACCAAUGGUGGCGGUAAGCAUGAAUCGGAGCGUGUAGCGGACCUGAGUCGCAAGCUACGUGUACCCCUCGAUACCAGCAUGUUCGUGCAGAGUCAUACCCCCUUUGCCGAUAUGGACCAAUACAAGGACAAGACUGUCAUGGUGGUAGGAGGUGUAGAGGACAAGUGUAGACUCGUUGCGGAAGCGUACGGAUUCAAGACCGUCGUUACGCCAGGCGAUGUCCUCGCUGCGUAUCCUGAGGUCUGGCCCUUCUCGCAACAGUUGUUGCCCUACUACAAAACGUUCACACGACCUCUCCCGGCUCCGAUUGAUCCUGCCUCACCUGCCACGUCUCUUCGCAUCGACGCAAUAUUUGUCUAUAACGAUCCUCGCGAUUGGGGGCUCGAUGCUCAAAUUAUCAAGGACGUCUUGCUCUCUGAGCGUGGAAUCCUCGGUACACUUUCUUCUAAGAACGGAGAUGCAGCUUUGCCAAACAAGGGCUAUCAACAGGACGGACAGCCAACUCUCUACUUCUCCAACCCCGAUCUGCUUUGGGCCGCCAAGUACCAUCUACCCAGAUUAGGCCAAGGCGGUUUCCGCGAGGCAUUUGAAGGCAUUUGGGCAGCGAUUACCGGAGGCGAGCGUGAAGGUGUCCAUCUCCAGAAGGUUAUCAUGGGCAAACCUUAUAAGCCUACGUAUGAGUUUGCCGAGAAGCGACUGAUCGCACAUCGAGCCCACCUAUUACAAGGAAACAAGGACCGUCUUGGACAUCUGAAGCGCGUAUAUAUGGUCGGCGAUAAUCCUGCAAGCGACAUAGCUGGUGGUAACAACUACGUCAGCCCGUAUGGGACCGACUGGGCCAGUAUCCUGGUCAAGACUGGGGUUUACGUGGAGGGCUCACCGCCGGCUGUCCAACCUCGGCAAAUUGUGGGCGACGUUUGGGAUGCCGUAAGUUGGGCUGCUGCGCAGGAAGGUUGGACUGGGUGA